AGUUUGACAUUAAUGAUUAACUCUUCACACUCAUUGUUCAUUCAUGUGAUUGAACGAGAACUGAACGCAUCACUAUUACUUUAAAUAUAGCAACAUUAUUUCACAAAGUGACAUUAGCUACUGUCAGCUGGCUUCGUCUAAUUAAAAAUCCGACUAUAGUAUUUGCGAUUCGGUGUGCCUCCGGUGUAUUAAUGUAUUUUUAUUUUAAUGUUAAUGUUGUUAAAGACUGAGCUGUUUUUAUAACUUACGUAUUUUUAAAUUGGUGCUUAAUCUGUUCGAAUACAAUAUUUUUGUCUUGGUCUAGUUGAGCAAUAAGUAGUGUUAGUAAUAUGGAAGAAUUCGUUGAAGUUAACCAGAUAUCUGAUUUUGUAUCGUACCUAAGAAGUAUCGAAUGGCGUGACCCCUGGUUAAUUGCAUUGAUAUCAUUUCACAUAAUAAUUACUGUCACUUGUUUCUCCACCAGGAAUUAUGGCAAUUUUCAAGUUAUACUUUUUAUCAUACUCCUUUUGCUAGUGUAUUUUUCGGAGAAUAUAAAUGAGCUUGCUGCAAGAAAUUGGGCAUUAUUUUCAAGACAACAAUACUUUGAUAGUAAAGGCCUAUUUAUAUCAGUGGUGUUUUCGAUUCCUAUAUUGUUAAACUGCAUGAUAAUGGUGGGAUCCUGGUUGUACCAAUCUACUCAAAUAAUGACUAAUUUAAAAAAAGCACAGUUAAGGCAGCGCCUCAAGGAGAUGAACUCGAUAAGAGAACAACAGCAACACGUUAAAUCUGAUUAAAAAAAGAAGCGAUUCUCGUCAAAAAUUAUGUCAAUUAACUUUACAACGCAAUGACCUAGCUAAAUACGGUACGUACUGUAAUUUUGGAUUUAAUGAAAAAAAAAACUUGUAAGUUUGAAUCUGUAUGUUAUUGGAUGCCUUGUUGUUGAUAAUGAAACUCGUUAUAGAUAAGCUUAUUAAAUGUCAACGGUGAUGUGAUAGAUAGGUAAAAUUAUUCACCAAAUAAAGAAUGUAAUGUUAGCCUAUGAAUUAAUUUGUAGAUUGUUGAAUUAAAAGGAAAGCGCGAGGUAUUUGAAAAAAUGAUAAAAUGAAAAAAAAAGGAAACUGUUUUGAAAUGAAUAAUAACCAAAUGGCAAUGCGAUAAAAUAUUUACAACGUGACCCGUGAUUUGCAAUAUAAGAACAAAAUAUUAAUGACUAGUCGUAUUGUGUAGUCGUGCAUAGGUUUUACGCUGAUAACUCUGAAACAACGUUGGCUCUGUUAUUAAAGCACCUAUAUAUAGCUGUUAAAAUAUUUCUAAUACAGUUGACAUGUUGAAUUGUAUUUUUAAAUUAGGUAUAUUAAUGUAAACAGAAUAUAUCCCUCGGGAUAUAAGUAUACAUAAUAUAUAUAAGUUAUACUUUUUUACGUGGAGAAAGCUAUGCCCUAUGAAAUUUUGCAUACAUAUUGUCAGGGGUUUUAUACCCCUGACAAUAUGACAAUAUCUAUGUAUGCAAAAUUUCAUAAUGAUCGGUCGAUGAUUUAAGACGUGAGCGUGACAACCAAACAAACUCGUUCUCGUUUGAAUAAUAUUUUUAUACCUGGAUACAGACUUUAUAUUUCUUUUUUUGGAAAACACGAAAUACAUACACAAUUAAUUGUUUUGAUGUUCUCUAAUUACACAAAUUAUAAUUAAUUUAAACUAAUUAACUAAUUUAAAUUAAUUAAUUUAAACUAAUUAACGACCUAGUAAAAAGCGCUGGGUCUCGUUGGAUGCAGGUGGCAAUGGACCGGUCGCACUGGAAAUCUAUUGGAGAGGCCUAUGUUCAGCAGUGGACGGCGAUAGGCUGAAAUGAUGAUGAUAAUAAAUUUUCGAAAAACUAACUUUCAAUCACAAACGAAAGUAACAUUUAUUUAGUUCUAGAAUUCAUUUUUUUAAAUUAAUGAGCGUGCAUGCCUUUUAUUUUCCAAGUGUUUACAUUAGGUAUGUUGUUUGUUAACAUUAUUCCGUCGGAAAUUGUGUCCGUCUUUGAAUUAUUCUCAAGAUAUAAGGAAAAUAAAUGCACAAAAUCCUUCCUUAUAUUUAUUUAGUGGCCUUGAAUUUCAACAAACAAUAUAAUUUGAAAAUGUGUUCUCAUUAUAUCAAAUUAAUUAGGUACGAUUUUUGACCGGUUAUUAAAAGCGAAGUUAUUCGUUAUUUUAAUUGAAAGUGUUACAUGUUUAAAUAAUAAAACUUAGAUAUGAGUCGACUAUUAUCAAAGGCGGCAAUCUGACUUUUGGACAAUGAUUGGUAAAUCAGAAAAACGAAUUAUUGACUUUGUAUUCCAUUGGCAGUCACAAAACUCUUCGGAACGACAUCUUAGAUAAAUAACAGGUUAACUAUUAACCUUUAUUUAAUGCAGGUUUUGAACCGUAUUCUUUGAAGGAGACGAUUAUAUUCAAAUCAAUCUGUAUUGACAUAUCAAUAAAAAUGUUUUGUCCAAAUGCACAGAUUGCCACCUUUGAUAAUAGACGACUCAUAUGAGGUUUCUUAAAUUUUUCUCAUGUUUUUAAAAUUUUAUCAAAUUGUAUAGCGAAAGAACAAAUUAGUAUCUUUAAUAAAAUGUGCAAUGAAAUUACUCUCGAAAAUCUAACAUCGUUUGCAAUGCUCGUCAACGAUGCGACGAUAAUGCCAAAAAAAUAUUGAAAUUUUCUGUUUUAAUAAAGGUAUAUUUGUCCGCCGCCACUCACUUCGGCCACCAUUGACUACCGCACGAACAACGAUGUUCAGGUAAACCGAGGGAAAGCUAAUUUUUCUUGGAUUCUGCAAUAAAUCCUUUGAAAAUCUCUAUCCAUGGGAAGGAUAGGAAUUUUAUAUUAUUGUAAAGUUGCGUGGCACGCAAUCGAACAGUUAGCUAAACCACGUUCCUUUGAGAUUACGAAGAGUAAUUUCCGUAGGAACCCGAAUCGGACCAUGAUCAUAGCCCAGAGCCGAAAUAUAUAUAUUUUUUACUACUAUAGUGUUUGAAAUUACACUCAACAAGGUCAUGGUGUAUUUUAAAGUAUUUAAGGUGUUUAUUUCUUGAAAAAAAAGCCGACGGCAUUCUUAAUCAAACGAAAUGUGAACGUGUCAUUUUUAGUGUUGUGAUAAGAAUUUUUAUGACACAUUAAUCAAUUAUUUAUUUGUAAGGAGACGAUUACAAAGCUUAUUAAGAAGGGCAAUGAUCAUAAUAAACGUGAUUUUUUAAACAUAACUAAGAAAAUUCAAAUGUCGGAUAUAUUAUGUUACUGUAACAGCCCGAAUAUUGGUAAAUCUUAAGGCUUACCAACACAAGUCGGUAAAUGUAAGUAUGUAUAUGUAAAAAAGAAACGAUUUUAUCGGGCUUUUACCAUUAGAAUUUAGUACAUGUUAGGUUUUAUCAACGCCCUGAGAGAAGCCUAAAACCGAAGCAAAUUGAAGCUGAGGGUACAAAGAGCCACGAAGGCCUUUCAAGGACACGACCUUCAGCAAUGAAGUAUUCGACUAAGAAGAGAGGUUUUAUCAGUGACGGUUGCCUAAAUGUUGGUUUUGGAAAUACAAACAAUGCAUACUUCUCAAUCAUUUAUUUCAAUUAAUAAUUAUUCAAAUCCUUACAUAACUAUGAGUAAUUAUUAAUCAUAGCGCAUUCUUUCGAAAAGCAUUUUUAAGGCAGUUACAUUUCUUGAAGUCUUGUCCUCCAGUCAAUGACAAUUUUCCGACAACUUCUCGAAGACUAACUUCUCUAUCUUUAACAACUUCAUUUAUCUUAAAAUCUUCAGAGCAUGACCUAAAUUGAUUAUUUGUGUAAAACUGCUUUAGUGCUCCCAAUUUUGGUACCUAGUUGGUAAAACUCGUUGUCCUUUACAUCUACCACAACUGCAAUAAUGCUUUUUGGGUCAGUUUUAGCUCUGUCAAUGUCAGAUACUUUCAGUCUUUACUGGUGGUAGACCUCUUGUGAGUCCGCACGGGUAGGUACCACCACCCCGCCUAUUUCUGCCGUGAAGCAGUAAUGCGUUUUGGUUUGAAGGGUGGGGUAGCCGUUGUAACUAUACUGAGACUUAGAACUUAUAUCUCAAGGUGGGUGGCGCAUUUACAUUGUAGAUGUCUAUGGGCUCUAGUAACCACUAAACACCAGGUGGGCUGUGAGCUCGAACGCACAUCAAAGCAAAAAAAAAAAAAACCCAACUUUCAUAUUUUGAUAUUUAUCAGACGGCUUAUGGCUUUCAUUUUUUCAACUUAGUUUUCCAAAUAAAUUUUUACCUUAUUCCUUAUUGUCUGGACUGAUUCUAUACUUUUCGGUAUUGGAUCUUCUUGAGCUUGAGUUGAGUUUUCUGUCUCUAAAUCGCUUUCAUUGGUUAUUUGGUUCUCCAUCAUAAUUUUAGUUACAUUUUCUUGUGUUUUAUUCCUCAAAUUAAAACUGUUUAUUUCCUCUUCUGAUUCAUUUUCAACAACACUUUCUUCCUUGUCCUGUCCAAUUGCAUUUUCGACGGUAAUCAUUUACCAAGCGAAUGAUGGUAAAAGUCCGAAAUAAAGGAUGAUGACAGAACGAUUCGGACUUUUACCAUUAAGAGUUAGUAAAUCUUAGGAUUUACCCUAGUUCGGGCAUUUACAGUAACAGAUUUGGGUAAUUAACGUUCGUAGCAUACGAAUUUUUUGUUUAUAAGUUUCGCGUUUUUUUACAUUACGGACACUAAACAUUCGAAAUAUUUGGAAAUCAAUUUAAUCAUAAUAAGAACUCCUUAAUUUUUUAAGUUUGCAUCAUAUUUCCGUAGGAUAGAAUUCACAUCAAAAUUAUUUAUGUUUUUAGUGACUUUGCUUUGCUUGUUUGACGUAAUCAAUUAUAAUCAUUUUUGUGUUUUAUGUAUUGACGCCAUAUUAAAAUUUCAUAAGAUAGUUUUUGCAUUUAACAAGUACGAUAGGUCACUAUAUAAAAGCUUAAUAAAACUAAUAAAAUUAACUGAUACUCAAGAAAUUAUUUGCGCGCACAGUACUAUGUUAAUUUGACCAAUUAUUUCGUUGAAAAAAUAAACUUAAACUAUAAUAAAGUACGGUAUUCAAAAUUGAAGUUUAAUGUACAACAAGCAUACGAAAUUGGGUUGUACAUUAUGUAUGAGGAGGUCGGCUGUAGGGGUAAGCAAAAAACUUAUUCAAUAGAAUCAUUAUCAGUACUUACAACUUCAAAAAUAUUAUAUUUGUGUGUGUAUACUAUCAAUGAAUGUAAUGGUAAUAUAUUGUUUAAGUUAAAAUUCAAUAUAAUAAUAAUAUGUUCUUUUUUUAUUCAAAAUACGAAACCUACUUAAAUCAUGGAUAAUUUAUGUAUGUAAAGAACUAAAUGCAAAACCGGAUACCGAUUUAAAAAAAACAAGUAGGUAUAUAUUAGUCAUCAUAGGAUAUGUUUAUUUAACGUAUUUAUGCAAGUCUUCGGGUUUGAAGGGUGAUAUAAUUGACACGUAGUUUCCUAUGUCAGCGUCUCGUAGUCCCUGUCUAUGUCUGGCGACGUCUACAUUGUGGGGUCUUUGGACUCCGGUAAACACUAGGUAGACCGUAAGCUCGUUCAGACUUUUAUGCUAAUAAAAAUAAUGAUAAUUGGAAAAUAUUUUAUCUAUUCUUCAUUUCAUGAUAAACUGCAUAUAAAUAAGGUAUAGUGAGUGUCAUUUGGGUGUUGUCAUUGUAUAAUAAUAUUACUUUAUAAUGUUUAUUAAGCUUCUCGUUUAUUUUAGCCCCAAAUGACGUCAUAUGUAAUGAAGUUGCAACAGAGAAUAGAGGUUUUGCGGAAAUAAAAAAAAGUGAUAAGUAUCAUGUUUAAUUUGUUAUAACUGUGCCAUUGUCAUAUGAAACCAGGCCUCGUGAAAGAUUAAACGAAAUUGCAGCUAUUUUAUGUUUUAGAGAUUUCUGAACGUUACCCGUAAAAUAUUUGAACCUGGCGGUUGUAACCAUUAGAAAGUCUGGUCACUGUUACGUCAUUUAACCGUAAAGUUUCAUUGUAUAUCUUUAGUCUUCGGAUUUCGCGAGUCGCAGACACAAUUAAAACUUUUACUUUUUGGUGAUUAUAUUGUUUCUAACGAACGAAGCUAUCUAUGCUUACCUGUAUAAAAAAUCUAGCCCUGUGUGCUUAUAGCGAGCUUUUAAAACUUAAGUUACUUAGUUGACUUAAGUUUUUAAAACUUAACUCAAAUUUGUAUGCAGUUGGAACGUUUGCCUACGUUUGCCGCUAGGGGCGCUGUUCCAACUGCAUACAAAUUUGAGUUAACUUUUACGCCAUCGAGAACGUUAAAAAACUAGCACUAAAGCACAUUAGUCGUAAUAAUUGAUUGAGCGCGAGGGAGUUUUGUGAUAGUCAAAAAUGUAGAUGUGCAAUAUUUUAUUGAUAAGUUAAUGAGUAAAGUUUAAAAAUUGUAACCCGUUUUGUUCUUUAAUAACAACUCUUUUUGUUGUGACAUAAUUACUUGAGGAACGUUCGUCUUGAUCAAUGCCUGUGCACUCUCGCCUUAGAAACGUGUAUAUUUUAGUAUUUGGAUUAAUGUAGUUUAUUUUUUAUUUAUUUAUUUAUUUAUCGUAUGGCAUUCAUUUACACUGCGUGGUUAUAAUUGAAAUUUACAGAGUGUGAUUAGGGUUUUAUAAUUGACGCAGUGCAGUUGGAACCGGGAGAUCCUCAGGAGGACAGUUCGGUUGCCAGGUUGUUGCACUAUUAGCACCACCCAGGGGUCACGUGUAGGGUAGCGGUAGGUAAUCUACGGACGUUAUGCAACUUCGACCCCCAAAUGUAGUAAUAACGUAGAAUGUAACGUGUGUCAUUAAUAAGGUUAUUGCGUUUUUAAAUGUCGCAUUACUGUAUGCUUAGUGCCGAUUUUGUUAAAUUUUGUGCCAGCGGGAGUACGAUUCGGCGAAAUUUAUUGUUGAUCAUUUUGUAAUAAAAGCGUAGUGUUAAGUAAAUGUUGCGAGGUUCUACGAUCGAUAAUGUCCCUGUUAUUUUAAACUGUGUUGAAUCAUUAGGUGCGAUUUCAGGAUCAUUCCAACUAAGAACCGUCAGAAAUAUAUUAACUUUUUAAUUGGGGUCAGGAGAAAAUCGCCAAACUUCCGCCUACGUGCGUAGGAGGCGUAGAGCGUUGUAUGUUAAAGUUAAACCGACUAAAAUCACCUCUGGUUCAAGGUGAGACCGGUAGGGCGAAAAAAUCAAAUCAAAAUGCUAAGUCUGAUAUUGAAAUGAUUUUAUAAUAACAGACUUGUUCUAUUUGCUCUAAAAAAUAACAGCUUCCUACGUACUGCGUUACUGAGUUUUAAGAUGUGUUAAAGGCGUGUUAAGGUUAUUCCGAAAAAAAAAAUCGUAAAGAAAAGAAAUGACCCUGACAGAACUCUAUAAAAAUCAUUGACUUUUUAUAGAUUGACAAAUUAGGUCAGUACCGUAAACAUUUUAAAUUUAAAGUUCAUCGUAAUCAAAUAUACCGCUUUUGUUAGAGGUUCAAGGUAGGUGUCGCAUUUACGUUGUAGAUGUCUAUGGGCUCCAGUAACCACUUAACACCAGGUGGGCUGUGAGCUCGUCCACCCAUACAAGCAAUAAAAAAAAAUUUUGGACGUUUCGGUCGCCGGGCCUCGCACCAGAGCAGUUUAAUGUACUUAAAUAGUUAAUUAUGUCGGUUGAUCACAUUAACGUUUAACUUUGUCAACAAAAGGGUGAAGUAAUCUGGUGAGGUAAUCUGGAACAUAGUAUAGGUAUAUAGCCAACGGCUCCAAAUAUCCUUAAGAACGUUUUAGCCGCUUAAAUAAUAUACGUAUUAAUAAUUUAACAACGAAGUAUAUGUACAUAAUAUAGAGUAUUAAAUUUUUGAUCUACUAACUACUUUGCUGACAAUAAUGCUAAUAGUUAAUAUUUUUUAAUAAAAAUAAUUCUAAAUGUCUCAGUGCGAGCAUACCUAUAAUAAAACCGCCAUAAAUAAUUGCGUCCAUAAAAUGUUGAUAAUGUUUAAAGAUUUAAAAAAAAAUAUGUACAUACUAAAACGAUUUUUUGUAUUGAAAACCAAUUUAGUUUGUAGAUUAUUAUUUUUUCUUGAAAAUAACAUAACUUCGGUCUUGCCAGAAUGAAAAAUCAAUAAAUAUGUAUUUAACUGAUAUCCAUUGAAACGAGCAGAAUGUCCUAUAUUGAUUUUCGUAAAAUAUUUUUUACAUUUUCUGAGAAACACUAUACGAAGACUGAUCUGUGUAAAAUGCGUGUUUGGUAGUUUUUUUUUUACUGAGGUCACAAUACUCUUGAAAUUGUUAUUUGAUUAAACUGAGUUUGUGGCGUACGUCAAUCUAGGUAUUUUAAAUAUAAUGGGAAUUGUUAAAUUUAUUCAGCAUUUAAAAAUACCUAGGUUUAUUCAAAAAAAAGUAAAGAAAUCCUUAAUGUAUCGUGUAUCAGUGUGACCAACUUCUAAUGAAGCUUUCAUUAUAAUAAUCGUUAUUUUUGAUUUACCUAUUUAAUUUGAAAGUUAAAUGUAGAAUUUUCUCGUAGAUAAUGUUUUUAUCAUCUGAAAUUGAUCUUAUUUCGAUAUAUGCUAAGUUAAUGUAUUUUAUUUAUGUGUAUUGCUUAAAUAAAGGAAUUGAAUGAUAA